GGUUCUGUUUCAUGCUAUACCUGUAAAUUUUACAAUUAUGUGGAAGUGGAAAUAGAAAAUAAACCUUAUAGUGAUCCAAGUUUUUUAGGUUUAACAAACGAAGAGACGCAGAUAAGUACAGAUCACAGAGUAAGGCCUAUAAUAGUUCCAAAAGAUCUUAGCCAUUUGCCAUGGUGUGCUGGCUAUGCAGAGUGUAUAAACACUGGGAAAAGCACAUGGAAUGAGGAUCAAGCUUUGGCAAUGCGUGGAGAUUUAAAAUUGUCGGACAUUAAUGUUACACUGCCUUAUGUCAGGUUUUCAAUGUUUGAUAGACAUGCAGGGUACCAAGUGGCUCUUACAGUGAGAUUACAUCUAUAUAGAAUAAUCCUAGAAAGGUUACUGGCCAUACCAGGCAAUAUGCUGUUGAAUGAAGAUGAGCAUGAACUGAUAAAGGGCAGAGAUCUAGUUACAGGCGCUAUAAAAUUAGCGUAUAGACAAAUGGAUCAAAUGAUGGAGAUGCAGGCUCAAAAUGGUGAUGGUGGUUGUACGGCUAUUACAAUUUUGUUUCUUAAUAGAUGACUUUAUGCAGCAGGUGCUGGUGAUACGAGGGUUGUAUUAGUUUUGGGGGAGGAACAACGGGCUCUUACUGGUGGCUUUGGACAUAUGAUUAUAUGAAGUUUCCAUCCUGAAUUAGCGUGAAUUAUCUCUUGAAAUCUUUUAAAGAACUUAAUGACUGCCUUAUAUACACAUAAAUAUGUUAACUACAAAACGCUAUGUUCUUAUUUUAUUUAAGUAAACAUUCCACUGUGACAUUUUAUGUAUAACUUGAAAUAUCUGUAACAUUCCAAAUAUUUGAUACGUGAUCGUAUAUAAAUCAUAUAGAUAUAAGCAUUAAUUUCUAGAUGGUUACUACAUACAGAGAUUUAAUACUGGUAAUAUGAAAUUAACCAGUGAUUAAUUAUUUAUUUUGAGUAUUAAAAGCACUAACAAUGUUCUUAAUAUUCAAAAUAAGUAAUUGAAAUUUCCAUAAGAGAAUAUGUAAUUACAGACUGUAUGUACACAAGGUAAUAUCAAAAAAUAUCAAUAUUUUUAUAUUGCUUUUGAGGCAAGCAUAUGUUACCAUUUACUAUUUUGAACGUAUAUAUUGUAACGUUCAAUAUCUUUAUAGAAAUUAUUUUUAUGUUAAUUCUGUGACUACAAACGUAUGCAUGUAUGUAUGUUUAAUUAAGAUUGAGAACAUUACAUUAAAAGUGAACAAAAUCUUAAGGAUAUAAUUAAAAAUGUGUUUGCACACAUUUUUUGAUUUAUGCCUUCUAUAUCUAUAUUUCUCUCAUUCAUUACGAAUGAUGGAAAAUGUUUUGCACAUUAUGUAGUCAAAGAAAUAGCUGGUGAAAUUGUAAGUAUAUAUGAAUCAAGUAAUCAAUGUAUGUGUAAAAAAUUGUACAUAAAGAGAAAAAGUAUUGCUUUCUUUUUCGUAAUAAUCAUGAUAAUAAUUAGACUUUACGACAUGAUUCUAUAUUAUAUUAAUUCUAUAUUAUAUUAAUAAAUAUACAAACACAUCA